AUGACUUCUACUGAUUCCAUUUUCAAAUCCUUCUUAACAAAAGAAGACUUUACUGGCUAUGAGGAUCCUACCAAGUAUGCCGAAUACAAGCCAAAGCUUGAUGCGUAUAGGAAAAGGCUUGCUGAUGCAAUUCCACAAGAACUUGCAACUAAACUCCCCAAGGACAUUAAAGAGUUAAUUGCUGAGCAGUUUAAUGCCGUAGAGUAUCUCUACAAUGAAAGACUCUUGUCACCUAAAGAGUUUGAAAUCACAGAUACUCCAGCCGCUUCACUAUUAGCCAAUAUUGCACUGGGUAAAUGGACAUCAGUUGAAGUGUACAAGGCAUUUGCCAAACGUGCUAUUAUUGCACAUCAAUUUACCAAUUGUGCUAUGGAGUUUUUUAUUGACGAAGGAUUGAAGCGUGCAGAAGAGUUGGAUGCAUACUAUAAAAAGAAUGGAUAUACAGUGGGUCCAUUGCAUGGUUUACCAAUCUCGCUUAAAGAGCACAUCAAGUACAAAGGCAAGAUUACUCAUGCUGGAUACGUUUCACUAAUUGACAAUGUUGCCGACGAGCAUGCAGCAAAUGUUGAAAUCUUGUUGAAAUUGGGUGCUGUUUUUUACAUUAGAACGUCUCAACCUCAAACGCUUAUGCACUUGGACUCAGCCAAUAAUUUCACUGGCUUAACAAAAUGUCCCUUCAAUUUGCUUUUGUCGAGUGGUGGCUCGUCAUCGGGAGAAGGCGCUGUUGUUGCUUUUGGAGGUAGUGUCAUUGGAAUCGGUUCUGAUAUUGGAGGGUCUAUUAGAGCUCCAGCCGCAUAUUCUGGUUGCCAUGGAUUUAGACCAACUACACGUAGAGUCUCUUUAUUGGGAUCAGUAUCCAGUGGUGCAGGUCAGGAAUCUGUACCUGCAGUAGCUGGACCAUUUGCAAGGUCUAUAGAUGACAUCGAAUUAUGGUUCAAACACUACAUCAAUGAUGGUAAGCCAUGGAACUAUGAUGCAUGGACAUUACCUAUGCCAUGGAGAGAAGUUGAAAAGCCCAAAGCUAAAGAAAUAACUGUUGCUGUUAUUAGAGAUGAUGGAUUGGUAAGAGUCUCACCUCCUAUUAGACGCGGUAUUGAUGAAGUUGUAAGUAAAUUGAAAGCUGCCGGUGUCAAGAUUGUUGAGUUUACUCCACCAAGUACCAAACUUGCUUAUGAGACAGUUAACAAGAUGUACAAUUGUGAUGGUAACCAUAUGCAGCGGAAAUUGUUGGGCCAAAGUGGCGAGCCAUUGACCAAGUUGACCAAAUGGAACUUGAACUAUGGAGAUGGUUCUAAGCAAUAUACUGUUGCUGAGAAUAGAGAAUUGAAUGUCAUUAGAGAUAAAUUGAGGAAUGAGUAUAAUGAUUAUAUGGUGCAGAACAAUGUUGAUUUCAUCUUGUCUCCUGCUUAUAAUAAUGUUGCACCGCAUUCUGAGGAGGUGUUUAACUGGUCAUACACAGCUUUGUUUAACAUUUUGGAUUUGCCUACAUUGAGUUUCCAAACUGGGUUGGUUCAAGACCCUAAAGUGGAUGUCUGGACGGAAGAAGAUAAGCAAUAUACGUAUAGAUCAGAGUUGGAGAAAUUGGAGAAUGAAAACUACAAACCGGAAGAGUUUAAGAAGGCGCCAAUUGCAUUACAAUUGAGCGGUAGAAGAUACUUUGACGAAGAAGUGGUUAGUGCAGGUAAGCUUAUUGUUGACGAUAUCUUAAAGGUGAACUUAUAUGAGCAAAGUAAAUAA